AUGUCAGCACUUAAAGCCGGGGAUAGUUUUCACGAUGCUCCGCCGCUGGGGAGCGACCGUGGAUCAUUGGAAGCUGAAGCACCUGCCCUUCUCCCGAUCAUCGACAGCCAGCCGGGCAUCCAUAUCUAUGCGCGGUCUCAUGAGAAGUUCACCGCGCUUAGCAGGACAAAAUGGGAGACCACGGAUAUGACACCCCUUGCGAUAGCCAGACCUAUGAGCGAAGUUGAGAUCUCUGCGGUGGUCGUCGUGUGCACUCAAGCAAACAUCCCCAUUGCCAUUCGGAGCGGAGGCAAUGAUGUUUCGGAGCGAUCCCGUGUUGAUGGCGGCGUCGUCAUUGAUAUGCGUUCGAUGGACUCCAUGAUCCUGUCUAUGGAUCGCCAGUCAAUCCGUAUCGGAGGCGGGGUGAACUCAGGUAACCUGCUGAAGUUCCUAGACAAGAACGCUCUGGAUACGCCCUGUGGAUGGGGUCACGAAAUCGGCUACGCCUCAUGGGCUUGCGGCGGGGGUUACGGGCUCGAGUGUGGUACAAGGGGUCUCGGGGUUGAUCAGAUAAUUGCUGGUCGAGUUGUCACCGCUUCUGGUGAUGUCUUGGAGGCGCAGGAAGGCCACGGUGCGGAUGACGCGUUGUGGGCACUCAGGGGAGGCGGCGCGGGCGUGAUUGGAGUCGUUAGCGAACUCACUAUCAAGGUAUACCCCAGACCGAAGGCCCUGGCUAAAUAUAUCUGGUUUCCUUACGCUGAGGCGGAGAAGGUCUUUGGAAAUAUGCAGAAGCUAUACCAAGACGAUUUCCCCGAGAAGUUUUCGGGCGAGGUGUUUCUCAUCCACCCUUUGGAUAAUGGGGGUAUUAUCAAUCAUUUCUUCUGGUGGCAAUUGGAGGAGGAUGGGAGCGAUCUGGAGAAGGCUAAGGACUACCACAGAAGAAUACUCGAAUGCGGAACAGUGGUUUAUGAUACAGUCAGAGACAAGGAAGACCACUGGAGUGAAACGACCCCAUUCCAGUUCCUCUACUCAAUUGAGACUCACAGCACGGAUAAUCGAAUGGUGAAUCACAACAAAUCCUGCGUCGUACCCUCCUUCUCCGCCGAGCUCGGGGCCAUCUUCGCGAGGCACCCAAUGCCCAACACGAUCUCGGCGGUCGUAUUGCACAAUUGUCACGGCGCGGGUGCGAGAAGAGACGUAUCGGCGGCGUUUGGCAACCGAAAUCCACAUCUACUUGUGGGCCUAUCCGUGCAGUGCUCCUGGGACGACGAUGAAAUGAAGAAGAAGAUGACAACUUGGCCUACUGAGGUUUAUGAGGAGAUCCAGUCAGCAGGGUUGGCCACAGAGUGGAAAUACUGCAAUUUCAACCCACAAGAGCAAGGGGAUGGGAAGAUGUACCUAGGAGAAGGAGGGGUCAAAAGGAUGAGGGAAGUCAAGAAACGGCUGGAUCCCGACAAUUUGUUUUCCAGCUCGAGCCCGGAUCUUGGAGACCGAUGA